UGUUGAUCUUCCAAAAUCUCCUCUGGUGGAUUCUCCCAAUGUGACCACAAUCUCCUUCUCUUAUCUUGCAAGUACUGUUCAUAAAUCUUUAUCAUUAAACUCCGCAACCAUGCCAACCGGAUUCACUACUCCACUGAUGGACACUCAAGAGUUAACCACAGCUUUUACUGAUGCACCAUACAGAGAAAAUGAGAAAGACCUUCGGUCCACUUUUGGAACAGACAAAUCAUCUCAAAGAACAUCAGUCACUUCAGCUGUUGAGACUUUAUCAACUAAUUCUUACUGGACUGCAUCUGCACCAAAUAUCAACACAUUGGGCACAAAUGUGUCCCCUACAGAUACAAUACAGUCUGUGAGUUUCACUACAGAACAUUCACAUGAAGCCACCACUGAAGGUUCUGUUACUCCAAGCUCUCUAGGUUUUAUGGCAUCUAAACAUGUUUCCUUCACACACAACCUCAUGUCUACUGCUCAAAGCACUGUUUCAUCCAGCUGCGGAGGACUCUGUGAUCAAAGAUCUGAGCUUCGGGGGACGUCUUCACCACUUAGAUCCAGUGCACGUACAUCACCCAGCCCAGAGGUGUUGACCGUAACCACCCAGGUCGUGUCUAAGCUGCCCUUAAAGGUAGACACAACUGUGGAUUCUGUAACAAAUCAUACAGAAAUUUUCAAAAAUAGUUUAUUAACAUUCCCUACUAAGCCUAAUCUAUUAAGCCAAUUUCUAAGAAACAUUACUUCAUUGACAACGAUCGUUCAUCAGCAAGCAAAUGAGAAAAGCAAUCAUAGUGACCCUAAACACAUGAAGCUUGAUUCUCCAUCAUGGAAAGAUCUUGAAAUUCCAAGAUUUCCAACCAGGAAGCUUCGUCCGGUGUGCCCGUACCCACCCUUGCCCUCUCAUGGAACAUUUUACUUUCGGUCAAUAAGGAAUCCUACAGCUUUUCAAUAUAAGCAUUAUAUCCAGUAUGCAUGUUACCCUGGAUAUACUUUGACCAAUGGGGAUGUAAACAGCUACUGCCAGCGCAAUGGACAAUGGAGCGGCAAAACACCUCUUUGCUUAGCACUGAGUCCUUGCUCCCUAAACAACGGAGGAUGUUCUCAGAUCUGUCAGGAUGAUGGACAGAACCGAGCUCAGUGCCUUUGCAAACCAGGAUUUCUCUUGCUUGAGGACCAGCGCACCUGUAGAGAUUUGGACGAGUGUGUAGAGCAGCUGCACCUGUGCCAGCAUGUCUGUGAAAACACAUUGGGCUCCUACAGGUGUAGUUGUAAUCCAGGGUUCCAGCUCUCUACAGACAGAACAUCCUGUACUAACACAAAUGAAUGCGAGGAGAUGCAGGAUGAAAAGUUGCAUAGGUGUGAAUGGAAGUGUGUGAAUCUGCCAGGUGCACACAAGUGUAUCUGUCCUAGGGGAUAUAGAUUACAUCUUAAUGGAUACCAGUGUGAAGAUAUGAAUGAGUGUGAACUGAACAAUGGUGGUUGUUCUCACAACUGCAUCAACAACAGAGGCAGCUACAUAUGCGCCUGUCCGGAAAUGCACCGAAUAUCUCCGUACAACCGGAAACACUGCCAGCCAGUACAAACACAGACCAGCUCUUCACAGUAAUAAGUCCGUAUCUGUCCUUAAGUUAUUAUAAAAAAGAUAAUAAUAAAAUAUAUUGUAAUAAUUCACUUUUUUUAUUGUGAUGUUGUUUUGUAUUUAUGCACUGAUGACAAUCCUUGUUCUGCAUAAUGAUGUAAAUUAUAUAUUACAUUAAUGGUGAUUAAAAGGUCAAUGCCCAACCUUUGUUUUCUGGUAC